ACCUGCAGUGCCGGUAUACCCCAAAUGUAACAGCAAUUAUCGGGAGUUCAGUUUAAUUUUUCCUUUAAUAUCUCAUUUUCAUCGUAUUUCAUUUUUUAGAUCCCAACAUGUAUACAGCAAAUUCUAUCGUUUUGCUGGCCAUAACACUGCACCAGGCUAAUUAUGCCACCUUCCAAAUUAUACCGGCGAAUACAACAAUUCCCAUUGUGGCUUCAAGUUCGCCAGAUUUUUCAUCGAUAACGCCAAAUGCACAAACCCUCAGCAAUAAAGUGGCCGUUCCAGAUGCGCAACUGGUCAAUCCUGGCACACCGGCCGCCGCACAGACAACAGUGGCGAAUGGCGUUAGUGUCACAGGCGACACAUCCGGGUUGACCACUACACCACCAUCAGCAACUGAUACAUCGAGCCAACUAUUCUCUGAUUCGACCACCGGUGCAUCGGGUAGUACGCAGACUGAAUCAUCAACGGACACCAGUUCUGCAGUGUCCGCUAAAGCAACUACAGCUGGCACCUCAACAACUGCCAAAUCAGCAGCAAAAGUCCCCUACUACAAGACCACACAGACAUGCAGCCGGCUAGCCAAUAAAUCCGCCGCAUCCAUCAAAUCUGCUGAAGUCUUCCGACCCAGUAUAGAACUAUGGCAAGCAAUUCUUAUGCUCCUGGGAAUUCUUGUUGGAUCAAUCCUUGUGGCGGAAAGCUUUAUGGUGAUCCGGAAGUAUGUUUACCGUGACAAGAAUUCAAUCGAAACCGCUUUUGAUGCCGGUGGAUCCAUUUCGGGAGGUCUGACAGCCGCAACGAUUGUGGCUCAAUGGACAUGGGCGGCUACACUGCUGCAGUCAAGCAAUGUGGCUAGUAAAUUUGGUGUCUCUGGUGGAUUUUGGUACGCGUCGGGUGCAACCAUUCAGAUCCUCCUGUUCGCUAUGUUGGCCAUUCAACUGCGAAUACGCGCACCGGGUGCAAAAACCUUUCUCCGCGUCAUCCACUCGCGCUUCGGAUCAACAACACACAUUGUCUAUGUGUGCUUUGCACUGGCAACGAACCUGAUUGUCACCGCCAUGUUGAUGGCGGGAGGCGCGGCUGUGGCCGUGGCUCUGAUUAAAGACUGUUCGGCGGCUUUUGCCAGUAUUGCCAUUGCAAUUAUUGUUUCUUGCUACACUUUAAUUGGAGGAAUGGGUGCAUUAUUUUACGUGUCCUACUGCUGUGCUGGGAUUAUUUUGGUGGUCAUCAUGUAUUUUGCCUCCCAAGUGUUUUAUGUUCGAAAUGUCAAUAACGGCUUGGGUAAAUAUUGUGAAAGUUUGAACAACCCACUGUUUUGUUACAAACACUUAACACUUCUUUCAGGAUCAAUAAAAUCGGUAUACGAGCUGAUCAGCUGCAUCAACGGUCCCGAAGGCAACCGCGAUCGUGCCUACCCCACCAUGAUUUCGCAGUCCGGCUUCAUAUUCGGCAUUAUCAAUAUUGUAGGGAAUUUUGGUACCGUUUUCGUCGAUCAGAGUUAUUGGCAGAUUGCUGUAGCCAGCAAGCCGCGGCAGGUCGUGUACGGGUACUUAGCUGGAGGACUGGUGUGGUUUGCGGUUCCUUUUGGCAUGUCAACGACAAUGGGCCUGGGAUAUUUGUCGCUGAGCUCAGAGCGUGGCACACCGAUGCUGCGUCCUGAUGACCAGGACGCCGGUUUGGUACCUGCCAUUGUUGCGCAAACACUAUUAGGCACGCAGGGCGCUUUCAUCAUUCUGUUGGCGCUGUUGUUAGCCGUCAUUUCGACGGCUUCCGCUGAGGUCAUGGCUGUUACUUCCAUUAUUGUACAUGAUUUGUACCAAGUUUAUUGGAAGCCGUUCCGAUUGGUUGACGACAUCAAUUCGUGCGUUCUGUGCGGCAAGGCCAGAGGCCGUAUGGCGAACCCUGUUGACAAGUGCCAUUGUCAAAGUAAAACCAAAUGCAAAGAUUGCAGUUUGGAUGAUAGCGCGCGAUCGGAGAGUAAAAUGGCUGUGAAACCCGAUUUUAAAUGCCCGACGCAUGGUGAAUACCGCCGGUACACGGAGUACAUGGACGGGUUAAAAAAUUGGUGCCUUAUCCUGUGCAGUUUCGGCCUCAUUCCAUUGACCCUUGUGAUAGAUGUACUGAAAAUUCGCCUGGGCUGGUUGUACGAGUUCAUGGGAGUGGUGAUCGGCUCAGCCGUUAUUCCGAUUUCCUUGAGUAUGUUCUGGGAGAGGCUGACUUCGGAGGGCAUGAUUGCGGGGGGAAUUGGAGGAUUGAUUGCGGGCAUGGCAGUUUGGCUUGGAUUGGCUGCCCGCCUGGAAAACGGCUUGGCUCCAUCGACAUUCUACCAGAAUAGCGGUGAAGAUUUCGCCAUGCUCGGCGGUAAUUUGGUGGCCAUAUUAGGAGGCGGGCUGAUCUGCGUACUGGUCAGCUACUGCACUAAACCACCCAUUGAAGUGCACGACAUUUGGAACUACACGUACGACAUUGACAAUCCAUUGCAUCCAUGGGCGGAAAUGUACCAAAAUGAUUUGGGUUUGGUCGAGGGAAACAAACUGGACAAUCGUCCAACCUUUCAGAGCGUCUACACUACUUUCAAGAAAUUGGCAUGGGCAGCCAACGGUUUGGGAACAUCGUUCACAUUCAUUUUGGCGAUUGUAUGGCCAGCGGCAAUGGUCGUAGCGGGGGUCUUUACUGAUGUUGUUUUCUCAAACUGGAUCAACAUGGUCUUUGGAUGGGUGACAAUAGCGGCCAUGUUUAUUAUAAUUGCUCCCGCUGUAGAGGAAAUGCGAGCGGCUUAUCAGGCGUACAAAAACAACAAAGUUAACAUCCAACUCACCGGCAUCGACCAACCAAACUAAAGUGGAAAUAAUUUAAGCAUUUUAAAACGAAAGUUUAUGGAGUACGUUCUGUAGGCCUACCCAUGUUUUUGGGCUUAAGAGUGUGCAAACUGCAAGGGCGCGCAUUUGGUACUCGUUAGUUAGUGAUUAUUAAUAUUAUAACAUCACUGCGAUAUUCGUAUACUAUGUAAUUCGAUGCAAAUCGCAGAAACGUCAGUUUUGUGACCGCUACAACCGCUUCCAUUCAUUCAUCAGUGAAUCUGAAAUGUUCUUUCUGUUGUCUGCAGUAUACAAAUAUACUGCAGGUACCUGUACCUACUUUUGUUUAAUUGUAAUCCAAUA